AACAAUAACAUACUUAUCGAAGCCGCCAUGGCCUACACAUGCACACACAAUAAUUCAGUAGGUGUCCCCUGCAGACUCUGAUCAUCCCCCUUACUCCUUUAGUUCCGGUCAAUAUUCACACACAACACAAUACUUGUUUCUUACAGAACAAAAACUAAACAAACUCAUACUAGUACCAUACGUAUGAUUCGCUUAAACCCUCGUUUCUUGUUAUAAACCCUUUUCUGUAGGUUUAUUAAUAUAUACAUACACUCCUCCAAUUUUCUUGAUCCGCCAUGUAUAGAUUCAAGAAGCUCCUUCAUGUCCCCACCAUCAAACACACACUGGCCCACCAUCAAACACCCGCACUCUCUCUCCUCGCCCGCCACCUCAGCACCGCCGCGCCGCCCGCACUGGGCCCCACGAAGCCGGACCAGAAGCCGAGGAUGGUGGUGUUGGGAUCAGGGUGGGGGGCGUGUAGGUUAAUGAAAGAGAUCGACACUAAACAAUACGACAUCGUUUGUGUGUCUCCCAGGAAUCACAUGGUGUUUACUCCUCUUUUGGCUUCUACUUGUGUGGGCACUCUUGAGUUUCGGUCGGUUGCUGAGCCCAUUGGUCGGAUCCAACCCGCCAUUUCUAGAGAACCCGGCUCGUUCUUUUUUCUCGCCAAUUGUUCUGCUGUUGAUACUCAGAAACAUGAGGUGCAUUGCCGAACUGUGACAGAUGGAGUACAGAACCUUGAUCCAUGGGACUUUAAAGUUUCAUAUGAUAAGUUGGUCAUAGCAUCCGGAUCAGAGGCAUCUACUUUUGGAAUAAAGGGUGUAAAAGAGCAUGCAAUAUUCCUUCGUGAAGUUCAUCAUGCUCAGGAAAUCAGGAGGAAGUUACUACUUAACUUGAUGUUGUCCGAUGUACCUGGUGUUAGUGAAGAAGAAAAGUGUAGGCUUUUACAUGUUGUUGUUGUUGGAGGUGGUCCUACUGGAGUUGAGUUUAGUGGUGAACUUAGUGAUUUUAUCAUGAGAGAUGUUCGUCAAGGAUAUGCUCAUGUGAAAGACUAUAUCCAUGUUACACUGAUUGAGGCAAAUGAGAUACUGUCGUCUUUUGAUGAUCGUCUUCGGACAUACGCAACUAGUCACUUGACCAAGGCUGGAGUUCGUCUUGUUCGUGGAAUUGUGAAAGAGGUUCAUCCUCAGAAAAUAGUGCUUACUGACGGAACUGAUGUUCCUUAUGGUCUGUUAGUAUGGUCUACUGGUGUUGGUCCUUCGCCAUUCGUGCAAGCACUUGAUCUUCCAAAGGCUCCUGGUGGGAGAAUUGGAGUUGAUGAAUGGCUGCGCGUGCCCUCCGUGCCAGAUGUGUUCUCAGUUGGCGAUUGCUGCGGGUAUCUUGAAAGUACAGGAAAGCAUGUUCUUCCAUCUUUGGCUCAGGUCGCUGAACGACAAGGGAAAUAUAUGGCCCAUUUGCUGAACGUUAUUGGCAAAGCUGGAGGAGGUCGUGCAAAUGCUGCACAGCAGAUUGAACUAGGGGAGCCUUUUGUGUAUAAACAUUUGGGAAGCAUGGCAACAGUUGGCAGCUAUAAAGCUCUUGUUGACCUUAGGCAGAGCAAGGAAGCAAAAGGAGUAUCAAUGGCAGGGUUUGUUAGCUGGUUUAUUUGGCGUUCAGCAUAUCUCACACGACUUGUAAGCUGGAGGAACAGAUUGUACGUUGCAGUGAACUGGGGUACAACAUUUAUCUUUGGACGUGAUAUUAACCGAAUAUAGAGAUGGAGCUUCAUCGGCAAAAACGAAAAUAAGAUGGGUGACAAACAGCACAUGCUAAGAUGGAAAUAAAACAAGAAGCGGAUGUUGCUGUAAACAUGUUGUCUUUCAACUAUCUUCAAUGCUGCUUUAGCUCAUUUUUCAUUCUGAAUUAGGCUUCCUACGCUUUUAAUUGUGUUAUAACAGAGGUUUUGGUAAAUAGUGAUUUUUUGGUUGUAAGCGGAAAGAUUGUAACUGUUGAGUUUUUAAUAUUAUAUCACGAGAAAUAAAAGUUCAAGUUCAA